UGUCGUCAAAGGUCUAUUUGAUUUGCAAAUAUUUAUCUGAAUAUUUUCAACAACUCUAUAGAGAUCAGUAGAGCCUUGACUUCUGAAAUACAAAUCCAACAAUUUUAAAUGCGUAGACCUCAAAACAGACGCAUACACGUUACUAUAUAUCCAUCCAUCCAAUCUAUCUGUCUAUCUGCGCCGACUAUCUACAUACUCCUACUACAACUAGAACAUCAUGUUUCGCAAGAAAAAGACACCCGAAGAGUUGCUCAGAGAGCAGAAACGCGAGCUGAACAGGUCGAGCAGGCAGAUGGAACGCGAUCGGGCCAAAUUAGAACAGCAGGAAAAGCAGCUGGAAGGCUCGAUAAAGCGAGCGGCACAGAAGGGAGACAAGGUACAAGCGACCGCUCUAGCUAAACAGCUGGUUAUGGUGAGAAAACAGAGAGAGAAGUCGUAUGCUGCGAGUGCGAAGCUGAACGACAUCUCUGCACAGGCUACGUCUAUGCAGGCGAAUGUAGCGAUGACCAAGGCCAUGGCAGGUACCACAAAAACCAUGGCGGCGACAAAUAAACAGAUGAAUCCGCAAAAGGUGCAGAAGACCAUGAUGGACUUUGAGAAGCAAUCGCAGAUGAUGGAGAUGAAUGGCGAGAUGAUGAAUGAUACCAUUGAAGGUGUUAUGGAGGCGGAUGAGGACGAUGCCGAGGACAUUCUCAACCAAGUACUGGACGAGAUUGGUGUCGAGGUAGCCUCCUCACUGCCCAGUGCAGCCAUGAACAAGCCGGCGGCAGAUGCGGAAACGGAAGACGAUCUGGUGAACAGACUGGCCGGUUUAAGGGCUGAUUAGGUAUUAGAUUAGGUCCCGUUGCUCUGGCUGAUAUUGUGAAGUUUAUAUGUAUAUGCGACGCGUUUCUUGGUGUUUAUUAAAAUCAAUGUAUACCCAAUAA